GAUUCAAAUGAGUUUUCUGGAACAUACACUUAGCCGAAAAACUUGCUCUCAAUUGUUAAUGUGAAUGUGUUAUAGUGAAACUGUUUGUUUCGUUGAAGUUAUCGCAACAUUUGUAUUAUCACGUAUCAGAAUGACAAGAACAGUGUAUUUUCUUAUGUUUAUUGUGAGCAUUACCAUUUUUGGAAGAGUUUGUCUGGCUACAUCAUUAAAAGGAACACAGAAAAAACCGAACAUCAAAAGCAAUGUCGGAGAUCACGUACCCGUCGGGAAAACCGUUCGUCUGACCUGCAGUUUUGAAGACUAUGACAAACAAACUAUUGAAAUAUCGUGGAAAAUAGUACCAAACUACCUACCGGUGGAAAUAAACAAAACAAUCUCUAUGGGAAACCAGACUAGAUCCUCUUCGGACUCUACGCUCGUCACACGGGAUCUCAUGAUUGAAAAUACUACGAUGGCGCAUAAAAGAACCUAUAGAUGCGAAGUGUUUGAUGGUGAAAAUAACACAUACUAUCACAACUUUAAGCUGCAUGUUCGUGAAUCAGCUGAUAACUUCAUUCUAUUGAGCACAACACACAACCGCUCGACAAUCAAUCGAUGGCCAGACAAGAAUGGAGAAAUUACGCCGAUUGAAAUAUUUAUCCAAUAUAAAUCCUAUCCUUCCAAUGUAACGUAUAAAUGGUUUAAGCACUAUGCAGGUCGAAUAGACAAGAAUGAUGCAGCCGUGUAUAAACAGGAAAAAACUGAUGAUUAUAUCAAACUGACAAUCCUUAAACCCAAAGCGUACAAUACAGAUAUUUACGGAGUUGAAGCUCAAGCAGGUACUGCGAAAGCGAUGUACAACAUGUCCGUUUUCGUUUAUGAUAAGCCUGCUUUGAAAAUGGAUAAUAUAAAAGCAAACGAAGGAGAUAUUGUUACUUUCCAAUGUACGGCCGUAGCAUAUCCUUCACCGUCCUUGAGUUCUAAGUUCCAGCCAUGUAAGGAGGUACCACUGGGAAACUGUUCGAAUUUAUAUACUACAGAGGCGGAGUGGCAUACACCAACAGAGGACUUUCCCAGCACCUACUGGUCAGUAGCAAAGUUCAUGCUGGAGGCGUGUGGACCUGGAAUCGUGUACUGCAAGGCUGAAAAUUCCGAGGGAAAUGCAAUGAUACAGUCCUAUUUAUUAAUAGAAGAUGUUUCCGAUUUAAUGGUGCUAGAAAUUGUUGAACCUAAAGGUACGAUUACUGUUGGAGAUAAUGUCACAUUCGUCUGCUCGGUAUUUAUUAUCCCUGACUUCGUUGAUGUGACAUUCGAGCAAAAUGGAAAAAAUCUUCAAGGAGUUGUGAUACAAAACGAUUCAAAGAUGCGCAAAACGCAACUCACUUUGUUCAACGUUGACUUAAAUCACACGGGAGACAUAUUCUGUAAUGUGACCUACCACGACAACAUGAGACCAAACGAUGCAAGAUUAGUUCACAUGGAAGUGAUAGAACCUAUUGCUCCUUACUUGAGUUCAGGAGAUAUCAAUCAAACUCUGAUCGUGGACGCACUUAAACCCAUUACACUCGAGUGUGAUGUUAGUGGAACACCUGAACCUAAGAUAAACUGGUUCAAAGAAGGAGAGCCAUUUGUCCAGAAUAAGAGUAAUUCAUCAUCAACUUCUAUAGGAAUUGAAUAUGCUAUUCCAACGAACUCUGGUUUGUAUGAAUGCAUUGCUGCAAAUAAAAUAGGAAAUAUUACGUUAACCAGGAACGUUAUCGUACGAAUGCCAGGAAGCAAAUAAAAUCUGCCGACGGCAACGCGUCUAUUAAUUCGACAGUAAUGUUACUGUUAAACAACGCAAACCAUUCUGGGAGCAAAUAAGGGAGGAAAGGGGCAAAGUAUAGCAGAAAGAUAAAAAAAUAUGCAAAUUGUAAUGACAAAGAGAGGUUACCUAGGCCUCUUGGGAUGCCUGAAAAGGAACAUGUACGGGAAGCCUGGUUCUCGGUAGAAUA